CGCCAUAACAUAGUUUGGUCUCACGCAGAAACAGCCGAACUGGGAAACAGGAGAAGAGAGAUGUGGCGAAGCAUAGCAUCAAGAUGUUCCCUCAUGAACAAAAGGUCAAAACCAAAACCAAAACCAAGAUUAUUAUUUUGUUUGGAAGAACCUCCGUUUCAGAGCUUUCUCACUUUGAUCUGUUUAAGUAUUUCGAAUGGGCUCUUUCUAGAGAUGAUUUCGAGAUUAGUGAUUUAUUGUUAGAUGGCAUUACCUAUAUACCAAAACCGUGGCACUGUGAAUCUGAGAAACGAUGGUUGGAUCUCUCAUGGAAUCUUGUUAAAAGCAACUUUGAUACUUUGAUCUGCCACAGCCGCAGCUGCAGCGGCAGAGGCGGUGUUAUUACUAAAUUGCGCAACAAAUUGAUUGAAAACCUCGGCGAGGAGAAGCGCAACAGCAACAGCAACAGCCUCGGUAUUGUUACUACUAGAAUCCUCAACAAAUUGAUAAACGCAUUCGGAUAUUAUGAAGAUGACAAGUCUGGAAUUGAGAUACUUAACAAGUUUCCGGAUUUUAAGUGCUUCCCAGAUUUGAAUUCAUAUUCAAAUGUUGUAUUUUGUGCGCGGGGAUCCCAAUCUGAAGCCUGGGAAUUACAAAUGUUCCAGAAUAUUGUUAACCGUUUACACUACGGAAUCCAAAGGGACAGUGUUGAUGAUGAGAGUGUUUAUUGGAUAAUAGACAUGUACUGCAAAUUGGAUAAGCCUAAACUGGCUCAUGCAAUUUAUGAAGCUGCUAAAGAGAAAACUCCUCCAAAGUCUGUCCAUCAACUAAUACAUUGUCUGUCAAAGCAUGAUGAAACUUUAUGCUUAGCUGUGGAUAUGCUAGCUGGUUUAUCAACCUCUGCAAACGCAACUUCUGCCUUCUCAUCUGUCAUUCUUGGUUUGUGUAGAAAAGGCCACAUAGAAGAAGCAAUGCAGAUAGCCAUGGGGAUGUUACUGGAAGACCAGUCUCCUGAGUUUCAAGCCUUUUACCAUCUCAUCAUAUCUUUAUGUACAGCUGGAAAUAUGGAAGAUGCAUUGGCGCUAUUAGAACUUAGGGAGGAACAGAGUGGGGGACUUAAUCCCGCCGCUUAUCGUCUCAUAGUUAGUGGUUAUGGUAGGAUGGAACAAGCUAAUCAAAUGGCUACCUCAUCCUCUUUUCUCUCCAUCUAAUUUUACUUUUACUUUUCGUUUUUGGUAGCCGUUUGUUAUGGAUGCUGAAGGUAAAUGAUUUGUGUUAUUUGUUUUUUUCGAUUUGAUAUUGAUCUUUACUAAUUUGAACUUAAAUGAUAACUUCGUUUUGGUAUGA